AUGCAAGGAUCCUCGCACGGAGACUUCUCUCUGCCCGGGCCAAACAUGCACACUUCCGCCUCCGCCCAGCGGAAACCUUCCUGGCAGUCCCAGCGUCUAUCCUCUGUGCGCUCAAUACGGUCCGGAAGAUCAAACCACGCAUCAGCGCGCGAAUUCGCCCAGACGGCGGAGGAACAGCAGCAUGCGGUACCAGAGGACUCGCAGCGCCAUACAUCGACUGCAACUUCGGCGCACUCAGCCAAGUCGAAAUGGUGGCAUGUCCAUUUGUUCCGGGGUAUGGUCAAUGAUUUGAAGCGCCGCGCACCGUAUUAUUGGAGUGAUUGGACUGAUGCGUGGGAUUAUCGCGUUAUCCCUGCGACGGUUUAUAUGUAUUUUGCUAACAUUUUACCUGCUUUGGCUUUCUCUUUGGAUAUGUUUGAGAAGACGAGUCAGAGCUAUGGGGUAAAUGAGGUCCUACUUGCGUCUGUUCUUGGGGCUAUUGUUUUCUCCCUGUUUGCAGCGCAGCCGUUGGUUAUUGUGGGUGUCACUGGCCCCAUCACUGUGUUCAACUAUACUGUUUACGACAUCAUUGCCCCCCGAGGAACUCCUUAUCUCGCUUUUAUGUGUUGGAUUGGCAUUUGGUCGUUGAUUAUGCACUGGAUUCUGGCUAUCACCAAUUCCUGCAACGCAUUGACCUACGUCACCCGAUUUUCGUGCGACAUCUUUGGCUUUUACGUUGCUUGUAUCUAUCUCCAGAAAGGUAUCCAAGUCCUCACCAGGCAAUGGGGCUCUGUAGGAGAAACAUCUGCAUACCUGGCCAUCAUGGUCGCACUACUCGUCUUGAUGAGUGCAUGGAUAUGUGGAGAAUUGGGCAACAGCAAUCUGUUCAAGCGAUUCAUUCGGAAGUUCCUGGAGGACUAUGGCACCCCUCUGACCAUCAUCUUCUUCACUGGCUUCAUUCAUAUUGGCCACAUGAGAGACGUUGACGUAGCUACGCUUCCUACCAGCAAGGCCUUUUUCCCUACUCUCGAUCGUUCAUGGCUGGUGCGAUUCUGGGAUAUCGACGUUGGUGAUAUUUUCCUCGCUAUUCCAUUCGCAGUGCUUCUUACUAUUCUCUUCUACUUCGAUCACAAUGUCUCUUCUCUCAUUGCCCAAGGAACUGAGUUCCCUCUGAGAAAGCCAGCCGGCUUCCAUUGGGAUCUCUGGCUUCUCGGCCUCACAACAUUCGUAGCUGGUCUGCUGGGAAUUCCUUUCCCGAACGGUCUAAUCCCGCAAGCACCUUUCCACACAGCCGCUCUAUGCGUCACCCGCCAAGUCGCAGACGAAGACGACACAAACAAAGGCAAAGCAAUCCGGAUAACAGAUCACGUCGUCGAGCAACGAGUCAGUAAUUUUGCUCAGGGGCUUUUGACUCUAGGCACAAUGACCGGUCCAUUACUCAUCGUCCUUCACCUGAUUCCGCAGGGCGUCAUGGCUGGUCUCUUCUUCGUCAUGGGAGUCCAAGCUCUGCAGGGCAACGGCAUUACACAGAAAUUGAUAUUCCUCGCCCAAGACAAGAAGUUCACACCUGCUUCAAAUCCUCUUAAGCGGAUUGAGCGCCGUGUAGCGAUCUGGGCUUUCGUCCUUCUUGAAUUGGUCGGCUUUGGUGCUACUUUCGCUAUCACCCAAACUAUCGCUGCCAUCGGGUUUCCUGUUAUCAUUCUGCUCCUCAUCCCUGUUCGGUCGUUCCUUUUGCCUAAGUGGUUUACUCGGGAAGAGCUUGCUGCCCUCGACGGUCCCACUGCUAGUCCGUUUACUAUGGAAAGCGUGGGCGGUACUCAUGGUCUUGAAGAUGAUUCCAAUGAGGCGGUGGCUAGUGGAGCAAAUGGGUCUUCUAGUGGAGGUGACGGAAUCUUGGGAAGCCGUCACUCGACGUCUUCUGACUCGGCUGUUGAGGAUAAUGAUUUGGAGCGUGGAGAGGCGUAUGAGCUUCCCACUCGAAUUUCGCGUCGGAGAAGCACUACUACCAGGGAUGACUGA